GUGGAGAGAAGUGGACCGCCUCUUCUCAUCAUGCUUGCGCUUCUCCUCAAGACCCCAUGCUGCGUCAAGGAUGUUACAUAGAUGAGCGAAAGCUAGCUUCUGCAUCUCUCUCGGGCAGGUGCAUCACCCCAAUCUGCCGGCCCAAACUUGAAGCUCAGACAUAAGGCCAAGAGCGUGUACCCGCACAGCAUGAUAUGGUCAUCUGCUUCAGCUGGCCCUACGAAUACGCUGCUACCGGCAGGUGGAUGUACGCUGCUACCACGCGCGACGAUGUAUGCCCCUCGCAUGCUCGCAGCUGUCGCACAAGAGAGCCAGCAGCGAUGUAGAUUCUGCACUCGAGCACGCGCACCAAGAAGCCAGAGUGCUGGGUGGAGAGAGGUCCGUCGGAGCAUCUCGUCGAAUGCUUCACCAGCUUGGCACCAUACAAGAAGCAUCAGCACAUCGCACCUUCCUCGCGCACCACUUGCACCUGCAGAAAUCGCGCCGAGCAAGAGAGUCAUCUUUAGCGGCAUUCAGCCAACUGGAGUACCUCAGCUGGGCAACUACCUCGGCGCGCUACAAAACUGGGUAAAGCUGCAAGAUUCGCAGAGGGCACAAGACGAAAUGUACCUGUCCAUCGUAGGGCUGCAUGCCCUUACAGUCCCUCAAAAGGCUGCUCAACUCCGACAAGAAAAGUGGGACAUGUUGGCUGCUAUCCUCGCCAUAGGUAUACAUCCUGACAAGACCGUCGUCUUUUUCCAAGAAGAUAUGCCGCAACAUCUCGAAUUGGCCUGGAUAUUGGCGUGCUGCACGUCCAUGGGAAAGUUGAAUAGGAUGACCACGUGGAAGGGCAAAUUGGCUGCUCUUCAGAGUGCUUCAGAAAGUGGAGAGGCGACCAUCACUUCCAGCGAAGCUUCUUCCCUCAACUUGGGACUCUUCUCUUAUCCCGUCUUGCAAGCUGCCGAUAUCUUGCUCUACAAAGCGACGCACGUGCCGGUGGGAGAGGAUCAGGUGCAGCAUUUGGAGCUGGCCAGAGAUCUAGCGGAAACGUUCAAUAGGCACCAUGCGACUGGACAGAGGUAUUUUGCGCCACCAGCACAUCUCAUCACACCGACGAAGCGCGUCUUGUCGCUUCGAGACGCGACGCAGAAAAUGUCCAAAUCAUCGACGGAUAUCAAUUCGCGCAUCUUGCUGACGGACGAGCCAGAGGCGAUUCGCAAGAAAUUAAAGGGAGCAGUGACGGAUUCCGAGAGGCGCAUCUCAUUUGAUCCGGAAGCUCGACGAGGCGUUUCCAACCUUUUGCGCAUCUGUGCGGCGUUGGACGAGAGCAGGGAUGCGCAUGGCUGGGCUGAAUUGGUGAAUGAGAGGGGAGGAGGGAGCGGCAUGUUGAAGAGCGUGACGGGAGAUGUGGUGCUGGCAAAGUUGGAAGGGGUGCAAAAGGAAAUCAAGAGGAUCAAGGGGGACAAGGCUUACUUGGAGAAGGUGGCUAGGGACGGAGCUGCAAGAGCGAGAGAGAGGGCGGAGAGGACGAUGAGGGAGGUGAGGGAGAUGGUCGGCUUUUAGACGGGAGAGUGCUGGCUCGGAUGGGCGUUACCUUUUUGCGCCUCGUGCCGCAUGGAUGGAGCUAUGCACGGCCCUUGCUGGAGCUUGUGUGACUUGUGACUGGCUGGCUCGUGUGCG